AUGUCGUCGUCGACGUCGUCCUCCUCGACGGCGAUGCACCAGCACGGAUCGGCACCUCGAUCGCCCAUAGUGGCCGCGGCCGUUGCCGCCGCCGCUGCCAUCACGUCCUCCACGAUCGGAUCGGUAACGGGCGGGAGCAGGGUUGGUGGAGUCGUUGGUUGGACGAACAAACGCAGCCCGAUACACCACCUCACCACGACCCAGGACGUUAUUAAUCAGGGAAAAUGCCUUUGCGGUGAGUACAUCCGUGCUCGGUUGAAGCGGUCCGGGCUGCUGAACCGCAAGGUGUUGCAGCGGCUGCGCAGCUCGAUGGAGCAGUGUUCGGCGCUGGGAGGCGGCGUUGUGGUGCGGGAAGCAUUUCCCAUCCUCAACGGGAUGGGCGAGGAGCUGGAGCGUAUGCACCCACGCCUCUACACCAAUGUAAGCCGGCAGAUCUCAAACGAACCAUGGGGAGAACUGACCGAACCGGACACAGUUGGCUAUUUGUUGCACGUUGUCGCGAAGGACCUCUUUAAGAGCGGCAUCACCUGGGGCAAGGUGAUCUCGCUGUUCGCGAUCGCUGGCGGUCUAGCGGUGGAUUGCGUGCGCCAGGAUCAUCACGACUACCUGCAGCAGCUGAUCGAGGGUACGGCGGACGUGAUCGAGGAGGAUCUUGCCGGGUGGUUGGUGGAACACGGCGGUUGGCUCGGCCUGCAGGACCACGUGCAUCCACCGCAGCCGGAAAUCAACUUCUCCGGUUGGCUCAGCAUCUCCGUACUCACGUUGUUCGUUAUCUACAUCGUGUCGCUGUUCCUACGAAUGGUCGGAUCGAACUUUGUCGCACCAAAUCGGACCGGGAGCUAGGUCCCGAUGCCAGUGACUUUCCAUGUCCUAUCGCGCUGAACAAACGCUAACGCUUUCACUAUUCCGCUAAAACCAUUCCGAAUCCAAUGCAAGGGCCAGCUGGUGAAACUAAGCGUGGGACCAGAGGGGUUCACCUUUCCUUAACGCGCUGCGCAAUCUCUUCUUUUGCUCAUCUGCGCACGUCGGUGAUACUAACCAAGCUCCAAGCACAACCAAUAGCUAACGAGUAACGGAAGCAAUAAGCCAAGCAGACCUAGGGGUGGAACGGGGGAAUAAAUGUUAAUGUUUUAUGUAAUGUAGUCCUAGUUUAAUGCUAUUGUUUCUAUUUAAUGCAUUUUAUUGUGUUUGUUUUCCCCGUUUGGUGAGCGAUCCUUCGAUAGUCCAAACUGUAUACCCAGCAAGGAGUCAGAGAGGAAGCACAAUA